AUGACUGCAACUUCCAACGAAAUGGAGGGUUGGCCUUACAUGGGUGAGGAGUGGACUAUGGAAGACGACAUUUUACAGGCAAAAAGGAUAGCUGACUUGCUAUCGGAUUUGCAGUGGGGCGGAGAUGACUCGGUUGACACUAAGAGUGCUACAAACGUCCUACUCAGUCAGGUUUGGAGCGACGAAUUAAAACGUGGCGAAGGCGCCUGGCCGCCCUUGCGACGUAAACAGGAGAUGCACCUACAGUUACUCAGCUUCUUGCGCGUUGCUUGCCCACAAGCCUGGCUUGUGGGGUCUAUGGAUACGACCAAGGGCGAAUUCUACCAGAUAAUUCACACUGAGCCGGGGGACGCUCCAGUCGCAAACGUCCCUGGGCCAUGGCCUCCAGUAGGUGGAAAAGCUCUGCCUCGACGUUUCGCAUUCCAUGGCAUGGACAUGCUCAUUCUGACUGGAAGGGAGAUGGGCUCUAAGGAGGGCGGUUCGGAGCGGCAGCAAAGAUUUAGAAGCUACGAGGCCAAACUGCAAUCAGCAUUCAAGGAGUUUAUCCACGGCAACGCUUUGGACCCUAAAUGUCUGGCCGCGAAGGGAGGUUUGUCCGGAAUUUUUCUAUUUUGCUGUGAACUGCAACAGCGGAUUCCCUAG